GGCGAUGGAUGGCUUCAUGUCAUGGGCACGGACGUUCGGGAGAGCUUGAGACUGCUCGAAUGUGUAUCGUUAAAUUUAGUUUCAUCUUUGCACUAGAACCCUAUUGGGGCGGCCGCAUUGAUCAUUGAUCAUUUGCCACCGUCCGUUCUUGCUUGUGGCAGAUCGUCUUUGGAACUGUGCUUUCGUUUGGCUUGAGCUUAUCUGUUCAGGCAUGGAUGCGAUCGUGCUGGAAAUUGAUAUUGAAAGCAUCCAAGCUUGUUGGCUUGCUCUUUCGUUUCUACCUCGCAUUUGCCAGUAGUAAGAUCUUUUCCUUUUUAUGGUUGCUUUUUUUUUGGUCUCGUUGGACAUAUAUGUGAGGAAUCAUGCCAGGGGUUGUGCGAAUAUCCAUACGAGGGCAGUAGGAACAAUGAGCCGUCCAUUGGUUGCUUGUUGUUUCCUCCUCAUUUUGCUGCAACUUUGUGGAUCGAGCUUCCAGCACAGGCACGUCCUCUCUCGUUUGAGAACUGACCGCGCUUUGAUUGGUCUCAAUGAGUCUGCCUCCGUCCAAGUUUAUCCUCAGCUGCUCGGACUUAAGUGGGGGUAUGUGGGAUAUGUCACUGUGAAAUACCAAAGGUCUUUUGGAGCCAGCAAUGACGAUUGGAUUGGUGUUUUCUCGCCAUCAAAGUUCAACGCGUCGGCUUGCUUGGACGAUUAUAAUGGUCCAAAUAGGGAAUAUCCUCCGAAUUUGUGCACUGCUCCCAUCAAGUUCCAAAAUGCUUCCGCUUCACCCGACUACGUCAGCACUGGCAUUGGACAAAUCGCGUUCCGUCUUAUCAACCAACGCUCUGAUUUUGUGUUCGCUCUGUUCACUGGCGUUCGUACUGUAAGACGCUUUCACCGUAACUUCUUUCACAUUCUCACGUUGUUUUUUGGAUGGCAGCCGGUGCUCAUUGCUGUGUCCAGCCCAGUCACCUUUGCGCACUUAAAGAUGCCUUUAUACCCAAGACUAGCUCAAGGACAAUCUUGGAAUGAGAUGACUGUAACGUGGACUAGUGGUUAUCGAACCAGCGAAGCGAUUCCGUUCGUUUCGUAUGAGGUUGCGGAUCACAUUGCACUUCACAAGAUUCCGUCAUUCUCUCCGGCUAGCACGCUUUCAUUGUCUCGUGGAGACAUGUGUGGACCUCCAGCGUCCACUGUUGGCUGGCGUGAUCCCGGCCAAAUUCAUACUGGAUCAAUGAAGGAUUUAUUGCCCAACACAAGAUAUAGCUAUCGCGUUGGUCAUAAGUUAUCAGAUAACUCGGUCGUGAUGAGUCCGAUUAAAUAUUUUAAAUCUCCCCCAUUUCCUGGUGAAGAGUCGUUGCAACGGGUUGUCAUCUUUGGAGAUUUGGGAAAGCACGAAAGAGAUGGAUCAAUGAUGUACGAUGAUUUCCAGUUUGGCUCACUGAACACAACCGACACGAUCACAAAAGAAAUAGACAACAUUGACAUUAUUUUCCACAUUGGAGACUUAUCCUAUGCAACGGGGUAUAUUUCUCAAUGGGAUCAGUUCACGGAACAGAUUGAAGGAAUGACUUCACGUGUCCCUUAUAUGACGGCCAGUGGAAAUCAUGAACGGGAUUGGCCUAACUCUGGUUCCUAUUAUAACACAACGGACUCCGGAGGCGAGUGUGGGGUGCUUUCAUCAACUGUGUUCAACAUGCCUGUCAAGAACAGGGAAAAGUUCUGGUAUUCGACGGAUUACGGGCUUUUACACUUCUGCAUUGCUGACUCGGAGCACGACUGGCGCAAAGGAAGCGAGCAGUACAAGUGGAUCGAAGAAUGCCUUGCUAGCGCGGACAGGCAAAAGCAGCCAUGGUUGAUAUUCAUCGCUCACCGCGUCCUUGGCUACUCUUCGUGGUACGUAGCCAGCGAGAACACUACUGCGGAGCCAUUUAGCAGGGAAAGCCUGCAAGGUUUGUGGCAAAAGUACAAGGUGGACAUCGCCUUCUACGGCCACGUCCACAACUACGAGCGAUCCUGUCCAGUUUAUGACGAGGUGUGCGUUAGCAAUGAGACCAAUGUUUACUCUGGGAAAUUCAAUGCAACGAUUCACGUAGUCGCGGGAGGUGCUGGGGCUUCGCUCACGCCGUUCCCGUCACCAACGCCGGCAUGGAGCAUGAAGCGUGACUAUGACUAUGGUUACACAAAGAUCACGGCGUUCAAUCGAUCAUCGCUGCUGUUCGAGUACAAGAAGAGUUCGGACGGCCAAGUUUACGACAGUUUCUGGAUCCACAGGGAAUUCAAAGACGUGCUCGGCUGUGACGCUGAAAACGUGUUUUGUCCUCAAGUGACAUCCGCGAUUUAAUAGAGAUACUUCUUCCUUAUUAUUUCA